AUGCUUAUAUUAUGUUACGCGAGUGAAUUAAAUGAUACAAGCCCUAAUCAAAAUGAUUUGCCGGUACAUCAUUAUUCCGCUCACCUUGCUGAUGCACGUUCUAAAGUACUUCUCCCCAUUCACUUGCUAAUAACUUAUCACCAUAUUCUCUUAAUACAUAUGAUAAUACAGAUGAGGGCGAAUGAUGCUUUUAAGCGAAACGAUGAAACUGUUUACAAACAACAAAUUAAAUUUUUGACCAAGACAUUAAACACAGAUAAUUCAAUUGUGCUCUAUGUUAUCUAUUAUUUACUACUAUUAUUUGAUGGGUCUCUAAUAUUAUUCAUCCUACGAUGUUUUAUGCAAAUGUUUAUUAGCCAUGUUAUUGAGGAUGCGAUGGACAAUAAUGAAAUAGUUCCCGGAUUGACACGUUCAAAUGCACUUCAAAGCUUGACUGGCCAGAAUAUUUCGGGAGUGGGCAAUGGUGGAACCAGUAACGAAGUUGACGAGUUUCGAGGAUUUAUAGGUAACUUAUCCAUGGAUCAAAAGAAGUUUCUUAUUCGUAAGCUUAUUGCCUUCAUGGUUUUGAUCUGGGGGUUCAUGUUUGCAUACCAACUAUCGUUCUGCAUGGGGAACACAUUUGAUGGGAUAUGCUAUGAUAUAUUUGGUAGAAUUACAAAGACGUUGAAGGACAGUGCAUAUAUACCUGAUUAUUUGAACUCCAAUAAACUCUGGAACGUAAAUGAAGCCUUUGAUUCGGGUUACUUAUUGAUUAGUGUUAUUGGGGAAAUGAGAUUUAGAAACCCCUUGACUAAAUAUUUUACGAUAAUCCUAUUAGAUAUUAUGGCUAUGGGUUUCCAGUUUUUAGCAAUAAUAAUUGACUACGGUAUAGGGUUUGGAAUGAUUGAUAGAUUUACUUCCAACGAUGAGGUUGAAAAUGAAAGGAGAUUUGAUGGCAUGCAGGGAAAAACAUGCAUCUGCCGUAUUGAUCCUAUACAUUUCUUAAAAACAAUUUACAGCUGA